UCCACCCCCGUAAAACAACCAAAUCGCUACAGAAACUUCAACGAAUAAAUAUAUUAAAAAUUCUAAAAACAUAAGCAAAUGCCUUACUUUUCGCUGGAAUCGGAGAAGUGAAAUGACGCAGGCUGGUGAAAGCCUUCGGGAAGCCAGUCAGCCGAUGUGCCUUCUUUCGAUGAAAGCAAAAGUAAGGAUGGGUAUCUGGAAUGUUCGUACAAUGUACGAAACUGGGAAGGCUGCCCAGAUAGCAGCUGAAAUGAGAAGGCACAGAAUAGAAGUGUUGGGAAUCUUCGAAAGCAGAUGGAACGGAACUGGAAGGUGCCAACUACCAACUGGAGAGACAAUAAUCUAUUCCGGUCACCUAGGGGACAGUCACGAGCAAAUCGAGGGAGUGGUUAUCAUGAUGUCACCAACAGCAGCCAAAGCUCUCAUGCAGUGGGAACCAAUCUCCUCCAGGAUAAUGACAGCCAGGUUCAACUCAAAAGGAAGGAAAGUUACAGUCAUUCAAUGCUAUGCGCCUACAAACGUCUCAGAACAAGAGAAGAAGGAGGCGUUCUACAGACAACUACAAGCAAUAAUGGACAACGUCCCAAAUGGCGAUAUCAAAAUCCUGAUGGGCGACAUGAAUGCGAAACUGGGAGGAGACAACACAGGAAGAGAACUCACGAUGGCUGAACGACAAUGGUGAACUCUUCUCAGACUUCUGCGCCUUCAAUGAUUUGGUGAUUGGUGGCAGCGUUUUCAAACACAAGGAUAUACACAAGACGACAUGGAUU